GUGGUGCCAGCGCUGCCGGGGUGUGUCCAUACGUUGGAUGAAGCGAUGGCCGAUUCCGGGAAGGUGGUUGAGCGCUCUUCUUCUUGCUGAGCUCUCCUUGCAUGCGAGAGCCGCGACGGCUUGGAUCCGUAAGGAGGCAGAGAUUGCUGCCCACGGUCUGUCUCAGCUCAGAGAUGCUGGUGCGGAUGGACAGGUGUUUAGCAAGCGGACAGCUGACUCCCGGUCGAGAGACAUGCUCUCCCAACCGGAUGAUGCCGUUUGGAAGGUGCUGCAUGCCGGGUCAGAGGACGGCAAAGACUUCGCCGAGGUUCUGAGGGAGGCCCAAAAGGCGGAGCCUACGACCACGACCCCGGAGAGCCUGGAGAGCUUUCAGGAUGCCAUUCCGGCACCGCUGCUCAACAUGCGCUCCCCAAGCGCUCCGAUGCGCAUCCGCUCGCAAGCCUUCCACCCGACGAAGGGCGGCAAUCUGAAUCAUUCCGGAUACUCCCCAUAUGUGGGCGCGCCCGACCUGUCUUUCCCAUCAUGGACCUUCGUUCAUCCGCAGGUGCAACCAAAGGGCCUCCGCACAGCCACGAAGCGCGUCUUCCACGGAUCCCCGCUGAUCGAUGCCGACUUGAACGUGUACAUUCAAAGCACCUCGGGCUGGAUCUUCUCCUUCACAAAGGACGGGGAGCUGCGGUGGUCUUUUGACUUGAACUCCGAGGAUCCUCAGAACCCAGGCAACAUGGCGCUCCUGGAUGGCACGGCCUUCGUGUGUACCGAAGAUGGCAUGGCCUGGGCUAUCGACCUCGUAGAGGGAGCUGAAAGGUGGAGACAGAAGAUUGCUACCCACUGCUCUACCGAUGCGUUUUCCGUGGUUGCACAAAGAGGAAGCAUUCUCAUCCCGUGCAAUCCGGCCAAUGGCGACGAGCCAGACAACAUGGACGGCAGCCACGGCCUCUGUUCCGUUUCCGAGAAGGACGGCGCGCCGAGGUGGACUUUCAACCUGAAUCGCUACGGCAGCAAGGGCUACAACUUG